CGCUAACAUUAUCAGGCAUUUUCAGGAUUGCAGCCACUUUUGGGUCGUCGUGAAAAAAGUGAUGGUGGGGAGCUGGGGUAUGGAAUGGAAGUGAUAAGUAUGGGAGGGAUCCGCGUUCUGUUUCACAUGGUCUUGUUCAUCACUCUCCUUCACCGUUUCCCAUCUUCUACAUACUAAAGCCGUUCUUGUCACUCUUUCAUCUCUACUUUCUUAACAUCAAGAUGUCUACCCCAGCUCAGACAAACGCUCAUAACAACGGUCCUAUUGACCAUAACGACCUGAACGAGUGGAAGGACCGCUUCAACGAUGUCCUCGCCCGUCCCAGCGAGCAUGUCAACUCCAAGUCGCCCGAGUCUUCUCAGCCUUGGCAGAACAGCUUCUUCGGCUGCUUUAGCCCCAUCAGCCUUUGCGCCAUCACCUGCUGCGUUCCUUGCGUGACCUUUGGCAAGACCCAUCACCGUCUCCGAAAGAACGGCAACCUUCAAGGAUACGAGCCCAUCAACACCUCUUGCCUGCUCUUCUGGGGUUCUACCUGCUUCGGUCUUCACUGGAUCCCUCUCGCUCUCCAGCGCGCCAACCUCCGUGAGAAGUAUAACCUCCAGGGCAGCUGCCUCGUCGACCUCGCCACUGCAUGCUGCUGUGGUUGCUGCGAUCUCAUCCAGCAGGACAAGGAGGCCGAGUACCGUGAGGCUCACACAUCUGCUCCCGCCGAGGGUUACAAGGCCAACGAGGGUAUGACUGUCCCCGCCUAAGGGAUGUCAAACCUUCGCGCCAUAUGCCACCCUGGAAAAACAAAAUCUUUUCGCGUUCUUCAUCGCACCAUCGAUACCCCAUCAUGAUUGACCAGAGGAAUAGUAGCCUGUGCUGGCUUUGAGUAAUGCAUAGGUCAAACUUCUCAAUGUCAUGUAAUUAGAAUGUUACCUCGAAUAAAACUUGCUUAAAUUCAAUGACUGUUUUGUUGAAUGAUACAAGAUGCCCAUCACUCUUUGCCACCCACCUUAAGUGAUGUCUUGGGGUCAAGCAGGCUGCCUUCAUGCUUCGCCCUCGCAUACCAUUGCGUUGACCUUUUGAAGCAUGGAACCUGGCGCCGGAUAGUGGCGAUCUACUAUUGAAGCCACAAUGCCAUUCGUUGAUUAUUCGCAAGCAGAAAGACAACCUGUAAGAGAAAGGGAAUGCAUAUCAAUGCUAUGAAGUUAAACUCAUGACUAUUGCUCAACGCCCGAUAAUUCCGUGGAUUGUGA